AUGCGUCACGUGGGCCCUCUCCAUUCUCCAAAGGAACAUGAGGUCCUCUGCCACACAGACCCCUUCUGUCCACCACAGGGGUUAUCUCCUUAUCACAGACUUGUAGUUGUAAUCUUCGGGAAUUUCUAUUUUCUUUAUCAGAAUGUCAUCAUUCACCUCAGGGGAUACAGGUUAAAAUCCCUAGAUUUGAUUCUCAGUCACCCGAUUUUUGCCAAUACCUUGGUACUCCUUUCUAAAGGACUUCCCCACACAAUGGCAGCCUUUGGGUUGAAACAUUCCCUCAGUGACUUUGGAUGCAAACUUGUUUUCUAUGUUCACAGAGUGGCCACGGCUGUGUCCUUCAGCACCACCUGUCUCUUAAGUAUCUUACAGGCCAUCGUGAUCAGCCCCAGGAACUCCACAUGGACAAAUGUUAAGGUAAAGGCUCCCAAGUACACUGGCUCCUUUAUUUACCUGAGACGGAUUUUGCACUUGCUUGUACAUAUAGUUGUUUCACAUGUGUCUGGUAAAUGAGGCAACACAAACAUCACAAAGCAAAACGAUUUGGGAUACUGCUCUAGUACUCUUCUUGACAAAACAACAUCCACACUAUUGGCAGCUUUUUCAAGCCCUCCUACUACUUUGUCUUUUGGACUCAUGAUCUUGGCCAGUGGAUACAUGGUUUUCAUUCUGUACACACACGACGACCAGCAAGUCUGA